AUGCAUCUCUCAAGCUUGCUGAUCGCUGCUUUGAGCAUUUAUAACGCAGCGCCAUGUCUGGCAACGAAGAGCAAAUCGCCGACAGACUCGCAACGUCCAAGAUCACUUUACACAUUUGACGAGCUAUGGAAUUUGGAGAAGAAAUUCUGGGACGAGUUCCUAUAUCCCGCGAAUGUGAAGCAGACUCGGGGAAAUGAGUCCACCGUGUUUGCGACUGACGUGCAAGGUCGAGUCGACAUUACCCGCACUUUUGAUGGCGAUGAACUCAAUCGAGAAUACAUCUUCGGUCUCUUUUCCGAACCAAGCCGUGUCAGCCUCGUUGGUGUUCCCGUUGCCUACAGCAUCACUCAAUUUUCUGCAAACGACAACAUUGCCAGUGCCACAACUGUUGUCACGUUCAAUGCGACAACCUUUGGCAUCCUGCUACCGGUGACCAUCGAUACCUGGAUCGAGUUCGACGGCGAUGGCAAGAUCGCGCAGUAUGACGCGACUUUCCGGUGGUUUGAAUACCUGCUCGAUCAGAUUCUCGAGAGUGUCGGCAUGAAGAUUAACGCGACAUCCCCCACUCAAACAGUUGCGUACAUGUCUGAUCUGCUGGCCAAAUCCAUCUGCGCGACUCAUGAGUCCUCGUGCAAAGGGGCCAAUCAGCAAUACAACAGUACUGAAGCGUGCUAUGAUUACUUGACCAAGUCUAUUCGGUUUGGCAAGAGCUACGAGCUCGGUCGCAAUACUUUGUUGUGUCGUGAGGUUCACGAGCAUAUGGUCCCUUACCGUCCUGAUGUCCACUGCUCACACAUCGGACCGUCCGGUGGUAGUUACUGUGUGGAUGACACCAGCUAUAGUCAGACUGUGUUGGCAAAGUACUUCAAUGACUCGUGGAUUCCCUAUGGGUAUGGAAAGGAUCAGGAUAUCUGGCUUGCUUAA